CGCGGCUGGAGUAUAAAACCGUGGGCUGGGGUCGAGGAGCUAACAGUUAGCAGUUAGCCGCAUCUAAACUCCACCGUGUUAGUUGAAGUCAUGACUCAUCACCCUGCACAUGCACUCACACACACACUGACACGCGUAUUCACACGCACGAACAGUUCGGCGGGGGCUUGUUUUCACGUGCGGAGCGGGUUUUCGCGCGUGUUUUGGUAGUUGUUUUUCUUUAGGGGGCGUGUGUGUGUGUGUGAGUUAGCUUCGUGCUAGCUGCUUCCUGCAUGUUAGCCGGAGCUAGCUGGAGAAGCUAACUGUUUACCUAUUUGUUUCUUAUGGCUGGUUUGAAUUAUUCAUGACGGCGCUCCGACAUUGGUGGAGUCAGCGGCAGGGGCGGAGUUAGAGUGGGAUUUUAGGUUAAAGGGGGGAGGGGGAGUAAGCCACACACACACGGAUAGACAGGUCUAUUUAUGUCACACACACUUUGAGUGACAGUGUGUGAUAAUAUUGGAAACAGAGAGGUGGGGGUCUGAGCACGACAACAAGUGGACUGGAGCUGGAUCCUGCAGGACGGUUGUUGUGAUUGACGGACCCGUCCACAGGUGGAAGUAUGAUCAGGAUGUCAUUGGACAAAGAGACUGUCCUCCCUCACGAGGCGCCCAUAAAAACCAGCCCCGCCUUCCCUGCCACCGUCAGCCUAUCAGAGCAGCCGCAGCUGGCUAAGACACGCCCCCUCUGUCCUAAAAAUGGCCUCCAGCCUCCCGGCAACAGCCAGCCCCCCCUCACCGCCCCCCCUCCCCCUGCUCAGCGAAUCGGAAAGAGGCGUUACUCCAUGGGCAUCGGCUUCAAGGGGCUGGCCAAGCGCCGUCGCCGUGCCAACAGUGACAGCCAAUCAGAGCCUGUGCUGCCGAGUCACUUCCUGUUGGGCGGGAACAUCUUCGACCCUCUGAACCUCAACUCUCUAUUGGAUGAGGAAGUGAACAGAACAACCAAUCAGGAGACACCACAGUGCUCGCCCCUGCCGUCCAGGGGCGGAGACCCAGUAGAGAUCCUGGUCCCCCGUGACAUCACCGACCCCCUGAACCUGAAGGGAGGCGCAGGGGACAGGGAAGGGGGAGGCACAGUCCUGCUGUCCCCCCUGAAGUCCAGGAGGAGACACAGGAACAGACACCAUGGAGGAGGAGGAGGAGGAGGAGGUGGGGGAGGUGAAGAAGAGAGGGAGGUGCUGCCAGCUCGACUGUUUCCCUCCACAGCUGGACUGACAGUUCCUCUGUUGACCAGAGAGGGCUCUGUUUCUGCGUCUCCUCUUCCCUGUGAACUCAACACAGCUAUCACCUGUCGAGACGAUGUAGCCCCACCCCCCAUACUCCCCAGGAGGCACACCCACCCUCCGCCGGGCCACGCCCACAAACCCGGCAGCCAGGGUGACGGUCGCCAACGCAGACGGCGACGUACCACCUCGACACGGUUGGCAGAUGUUGCUGCAAACUUUGUCACUGUGACAACCACGGCACCGACAACCAAAUUCCAGACGCCGCUGGUGGGAGGGGCUAAAGCUUGCAGGUGUGGAGGACCUCAGUCUGGCCUUAGUCAGCCACCAGAGAAGAAGAAGGACAAACACCGCUACCAGUACGGCAACCACAGCCGUUACUAUGGCUAUCAUGGUUUCUAUGGUGAUGGGUGGGAGGGGCGGGUGGGUGCGGAGGACGAUCUGCGGCUCCGCCUCCUGGAAGCGGAGUGGUUCAGAGACAAGAGGGUGCUGGACGUGGGAUGUGGCGCCGGUCACAUGACACUGAGGGUUGCCCGGAUGUUUGAACCCGCCCACAUCCUGGGGGUGGAGUUAGACAGACGAUUGGUCCACGCCGCCAAGCAGAACAUCAGGCACUUCCUGUCACAUGACCUGGUGGUGGAGGAGAGGAAGAGGAGGACAACAGUCCCCUCCUCUUCUAUAAGUAAAGGAGAGGAGGAGGUGAAGAGGGAGGAGGAGGAGGAGGUGAUGGAGGAGUUCCAACAGGCUCUGUCCCUCCUCUCCUUCCCCUCGUCAUUCAGGCUGAGUCGGGGUCCUCUCUCUGCUCCUCCUCUGCUCCUCCCUCCCCCCUCCUCCAGGUUCCCCAACAACAUCACCUUCGUCCAGGGCGACUACGUGUCAGAGCGGGAGGCGUGGCCUGGGCAGGGUCAGUAUGAUGUCAUCAUGUGUCUGGGCGUGACCAAAUGGGUGCAGCUGCAGGCAGGUGACGGGGGCGUGGUCAGACUGUUCAAACGAGCCUAUCAGAGCCUGUCACCGGGCGGGUUAUUCAUCCUGGAGCCGCAGCUGUGGAGUAGCUACAGCCACAGCAAGAGGGCCUCGGAGACGACAUAUCGUAACUACAGGAGUGUGAGGAUGAGACCUGAACUGUUCACCUCCUACCUGACUGACAGUGUGGGCUUCACCUGCUACAGACUGCUCACACACACAGGCGGCCAGCGGCCCAUCUACCUGUUUCACAAAGGCCCCGCCCAGAGGAAGUGAUGUCACUGGGACAGGAUGUGACACGUUUUUCUCUGGAGGUAGUGCAGCCUGACUGUCACCCUCUCGUUUCCCUGGCAACGGCCUUAAACAGAUGGCAUGGAGGGCACUGAUUGAUUGAAGCUGGAUGUCGCUCCUUUAAAUGUUUGAUUGUGAGCUCGCUGCUGAUUGGCUGAAGAGUUGAGCCUGUUUGAUGACUGGUCGAUGACAUCACGUCACAAAGGAGAAUAUUAUUGGACAGCAGAGUUUCUGUGGAGGUGAUUGGUUCACACAGGCUCAUCAAGCCACAGCAAAGUGCCUGACCUCUGGUUCUGGACACUGAUUGGACGCUAGCAGGAAGUGACUUGUCUUUACAGGUCUUUUCAAAAUAUGAGUUCAUUGUUUCACUCGUUUUUUUUUGUUUUUUUUUUUAAUGCAAAAUAAAGAGUUUAUCUGCUGA